AUGAAGUUUCCGAAGCUCGAUGGCGAUCUGCUUAUCGACGAUAUCAUCGAUAAAUGCUGGCACAACCAAUAUCGCACGCUUGCGGACUUGGCUACACACACAGCGACGUUGCUUAAAGGACCGCCGAGCGAUGCACUGAUCCACGAAACAGCCUCCGCUCCGGGAUGGCGCAAAUGUGUGGACAGAAUACUGCGUCGGUUGUGGUACAGCCUCGGGUCUCAACAGAGGAGCAAUGGGGAGGUAAUCAAUGGUGACGACUAUUACGAGGUGGAUCAGAACCACUCUGAUGAGCAUUUCUCUUCAAGACGGGAAUUCUGCCAGGACUUGGAGAAGCGUGGACUUCUCCGCCUGCUUACUUUGAGUAAGCCCACGGAGCUUGGAUUCAGCAUGGAGCACAGGCAUGUGUCCCCAUCUACUCCGGCGAACUGA